AUGGAGAAGAGGCUCGAAGAGGGAAGGCUUACACGACGGGGUCGAGGGACGGCGAGCGGGCUGGACAAGAGGCGGGCGGCGUCUGACGGACGGACUAGCGACAGCAGAUUGCGAGAGGAGACGGCGUUGACAGGGGUGAGAUUUUCGAGAUUCUUAUUUGCGCGCGUCACCGGAGACAGCGAGGAGGUGCGGAGUGAGGGUGGGGCCCAGCUUCUUAGUAUAACGGCGACAAGCACACUGAGGUGGAAGAAGGGUUCAGAGCAGAUGCUGGAAAAGGCAGCACCAGAAAAAAAUAAGAGGGUCACUUUUUUGACGGAGGCGACGAGAACCCGUUCAGCGGCUAGGUCCUGGGCGACGAUCCCACCGGAACGCAGACCAAUGGGCAACAACGGGCAGGGCAACGAGGGCAACGGCGGGGGUACACUUGGGAGGGGCUUUGGCUUUGUCGUCGGACAACAACGGGCAACGGAAGAUGAUGAAGAAAAAGCGAAAAAGGGUCCUCCUUCCCAGGGCAGCAAGACCCUCCUCCCGUCAUGCCUCGAGGUUCUAACUGCAAAAUGUUUAGCUUUACCCCUCGCAUGGUCGCGUGGUGGGUUUGGCCCAGAGGUUCCAGGUUCCGUGUGGAAUUCUGGCGCCGGUGGGGUGGAGCGCCUAGUCGGGCUCCCUGGUACACUACGGACCACGCAGGGCAGCCACGGUACCUCAAAGGUACAACCAAAAGGCACAGAUUGA